CAGUGGAGGAGUGCGUGGGUGUUUUGCACCAAACGAGCGCUUAUCGACGUCGAUUGAUUAAGGGAUGGAAAGGGUUAACCUCCUGAAACAAACUAUUUCUCAUUUUCCACCAUCGGAAAAAUCCAAUUAAGGCAGUAACGCGAUUAGUCCGGGUGAUAUUUUCUAGUAAUCGAUUGCUUGGACGAUAUAUGUUUCAACAAACGAUAAAUUUGACAAUCACGUGGAAAGUGUAAAUAAACAGUGCGCACAGCAAAUGCUAAGUUGAACGUUCAAUGCGGAAAAGUCAAGUGAUGAUUGGGAAAGUCGGGAGGAAUACCUUGGGAGGUUGUGACGUUACAAAUGUUUGUGUUUUUGUGGAUACUGCUUUGGGUGGGUUUUCGACGUGCCGAGGCUUACAUAGAAACAGUCUUCGUCAGCGGCUGUGAGUCCUGCAAGCUCUACUUGACCUGCCGUCACCUCACGUCGAUCAUCGCCGUUUUGGAGGCUGAUUUCACACCCGAUUAUAACGAUACAAAUACCACAGCUUUAGCUCCUACCUAUUUUCCACCGGUGCAUCCAAGACAAGCAUUAAAUAAAAGGUGUUCAGGAGUGAAUCACUGCAGUUUCAUUUUCACCGAGGAUUGCCCCGAUGCGCACUUGUGGGGGGCUGGUCAGCUGAGAGUUAAGUACGUCUGCAUAUCAGAAAACGAGAUUAGGAAGUUCUGUAACAGCGAAAUCCUCCUGCCCGAGUUCGGCUCCACCCUCCCCACCGAGGGCUUCAUUCACAACCCUGGCUAUCCGCGAUUCUACUCUAGCCAACGAGAAUGCCGCUGGAAGAUACGAGCCCCUCGCGAACAGCGCAUCCGUGUCAGGAUUUUGGACAUUUCCAUCACUGCCGACAGGGUAACUCCUCCUGACGAAUGCAGCGACCGGCUUGAGAUCCUCGACUCGGGUCAACUGGUCCAAACGACGUGCAAACCCCAAGAACCCCCUUUGGAAGUGGUGUCGGAGAGCGAGUUCGUGGAGGUUGUUCUCGUCUCGGCACACUCACUAGUGCCUCUCAGAGGCGUGCUUAUACACUACACUGCCGUCGGCUGUCCCACCCCCGACACCCCUGAAGACGGGUAUCUGGUUUAUCGGAACGAGACAGCUGCAGAGUACAGAUGCUGCAUCAAUCGGGCCUUUGAAGACGACGGACAAAGGACCAAAAUCAUCAACUGCGAGGGGACGAAAUGGGACGUGGACCUGCCCCUACCUAACUGUACGAAAAAACUUCGCUUAAAGCCACUGCUAACCGUUCAAGACAUUGGAAAAUCGAAAAAUAUCGAAAUGGUUUCUGAUGUUUUAGCACCGGCCUUGCUCAUAGCAGCUUUAUUUUUGAUAAAUUUUAUAGUUCUCUUUUACAUUUAUAAAAUUAAGCAAAAGCACGCUGAAGAAUAUGCCGAUGAAGAAUUAGGGACGUUACCAUUGUCAAGUUGUGAGAAAACCUCGCCUUGAAUUAUUUAUUUGUAGAAAUGACACUUUUAUAAUAAAAGUUUUAUUUAAA